CUCAGUGUGAUGCUCCCUCUCUUUCACUCCUCGCUUCGACCAUCAUCACUCCAGACCCUUAUCCACUAUGAGAUUUAGAGAGAAAACAAAUCAAACAACCUUUGGAAACUUUCUCUCUGUUAGUUUUCAUCAAGCCCCAUCUUUACUGUAAGUGCGUAGUCUGUCUGCACCUGUCUCCUCCUCAACUGUGUGGUGGGACUGCGAGUGUAUUAUGUGUGUGAGUCCAGACACACACAUUUCUCUAUUCUCUGGGCUUCUGCACGCUCCCCCCAGUCUCCUUGCUCCGGCGCUCCAGCAGCUCUCCUCCUCAGAUGGACAUAAUCCUGCUCUCGCCGCUUCUUCUCAUCUCUCCUGUUGGAGUGUGGCUGUCGCUGCUUUGUCCCGGAGCCCCCCCUGGCCUCAAUGAGUGCAACUGAGGACUCCAGCUUUGUCCCUGGAAGAUGGGAAAUGCCUCGGAAACUGGCCGAUUUGUUUCCACAAUCCCCAAGGAGCAUGACGUCUGCAUGGGUGCCAUAUACACGACUUUCUGUGUGCUGUCUCUCUUGGGGAACGUCAUUCUGCUUCUUGUAGCGUAUCGAAAGAGGUCGUCCCUGAAGCCAGCCGAGUACUUCAUUGUGAACUUGUCCAUCAGCGACCUUGGAAUGACUGUGACUCUUUUUCCUCUAGCUAUUCCCUCAGCAUUCGCUCACAAGUGGCUGUUUGGAGAGCUGACGUGUUUGUACUACGCUGUAUGCGGUGUUCUGUUCGGCUUAUGCAGCUUGACAAACCUCACUGCGCUAUCUUCAGUCUGCUGCCUCAAAGUCUGCUUUCCUAUCUAUGGAAACAAAUUCUCUUCAUCUCAUGCUUGUUUGAUGAUAGUGGGUGUAUGGUGCUAUGCUUCAGUGUUUGCUGUGGGACCCUUGGCACACUGGGGCCAGUAUGGCCCUGAGCCUUAUGGGACAGCAUGCUGCAUAGACUGGUAUGCUCCCAAACGUGAUGCACUAGCAAUGUCCUACAUCAUCUGCCUCUUCCUCUUCUGCUAUGUUGUCCCUUGUACCAUCAUCUUCCUCUCCUACGCCUUCAUCCUACUCACUGUACGCGGCUCGCGGCAAGCGGUGCAACAACACGUCUCACCACAGACGAAGACGGCAAACGCACAUUCACUUAUUGUCAAGCUCUCUGUGGCAGUGUGUAUUGGUUUUCUGAGUGCCUGGACCCCUUACACAAUCGUCGCAAUGUGGGCCGCAUUUAGUGAAUCCGAGUUGGUCCCACCCGUUGCCUUUGCCCUCGCUGCAAUUUUUGCCAAAUCCUCUACAAUCUACAACCCUGUGGUGUACCUUCUGUUCAAACCCAACUUCCGGAAGUCUCUGAGCAGCGACACGGCUGUAAUCCGCAGGAGAAUAUGCUCAAGCCCCUGCAAAGGAAGUCCUCUCCCCGACGAGAAGAAUUCAAACCCACCAACAUCUCAACGCUGCACCAACAGCAAGGACAUUAACAACUCCACCCGCGUUUCCAACGGUCUUACAGAAAGCCACGGGGCGUGUCUUCACUGUGCCGAGGCGGAGUCUCACUGCCAGCAGCCUACGCUGCAAAGGACGGCCCGUGUGCUGACUGGCUCCACCCACAGCGAACUGACCGUGAGUCAGAUGUCAGAAAAAAUGCAUGCUGACUUCUUAUGAGCGUGCUGAAGACAUGCUGGACGCAUGCCAGGAAGAAACAGACGGAUGGGAGGAAAUUCAGUGUCUUGUUCGUCUUUCUUGCGCAGGACAUGAAAGCAGAACAUUAUUUAGACAACGGACACAAACAGGAGAAUAAAAUGUGAGUUUCUUGAUUCAGAUGUUUGUGUUCAUUCAGUGAUGGCCUCUUGAGAGUGUCCCAGAUCCAAGACUGUUCAAGUCAAGUGGACUGGACAGAAGGAGGUCGCUAGCGGCAACAGCAUGUUCGAGGACACUCAGAAGUCAAGAUGAAGAACAACUUUGUCAUCUCAACCAUAUAAAACCAUUGUACUAGUGAAACAAGACAUGGUAAAAUGUUAUGUGCAUAAAAGGCCUGUUUGAGGUUCCAAUAUUCAUGAGGGAUGAAUUAAAAGAAGAAAAACCCUUUACAGAUCUUUAACCCUUAGAAGUGAAGAGCUACAGUAUAUUCAAAUAUAAUUAAUAUUCACUGUGUUUAAUUAAAUGACAGCAACAGAUGUACACAAUCAGAUCACAGUAUUUUGACAUCUUCUUUGUCUCUACACUCACUGUCCAUUUUUGUUGGUCCCCCAAUACAUAUAGGAGCACUUUGUAGUUCAAUAAUUACAGACUGUAGUCCUGUAUCUGUUUCCUGCAUACUUUAUUAUUAUUAUCCUCCUUACACCCUGUUCUUCAAUGGUCAGGAACCCACAGACGAGACCACAGAGCUCAUUCUUCCCUUGCUGUUGCUUGUGUGAACAAAGCUAGACAGAGAUAAAGCUAACAGGAACUUCAACAAGAAUCAAGAGCUUUGUAAAAUACCUGGUUCAUUGACUAUUGACUCAGUCCAGCAGUGACACUUUUAGGUGUUUAAAAACUCCAGCAGCACUGCUGUAUCUGAUCCACUCUUCCCAGCACAACACACACUAUUACACUACCACCAUGUCUGUGUCACUGCAGUGCUGAGAAUGAUUGCCACCCAAGAAAUGCUCUAAGGUGGCCCUGUGGGGUCCUAACCAUAAAAAACAGGAUGAUAAAGUGUGCAGACUACACACCCUGUAGUUCCAGAACUACAAAAUGCUCAUACAGGGUCAAUAAAGCUGAUAAAAAUAAAACUGAGUGUACAAACAUGGUGAUGGCCAAAAUAUUGUGACAUGACUGUAUUUUAACAGUACUUUACAAAGGUAUUAGGCACCUUAAAAAAUAGAAAUAGAAAUCCUUACCUAGGCAGUAAUUUUUAUUUAUUAUUAUCUAAAUCCACCCAACAGUAAGCUGGUUUGGUAAAUCAGUGCUUAUUGAUAUUAAAUCAGAUGAGGAUGAGCUGGUGAUUGUACUUAUCCUAGAUGUUCAUGGGACAUUCAGGAGAUUUUUUCUCCAAACUAGCUCAAACGAUCUUACCUACUUUCUUCAGAAUUAAAAAAAAAAAAUAACAAGAAUUUCUUGUUCAUUUUUUUUACUGUGUUUGUGUUUACCUGUAUUUGUUUUAAUGGAAUCUGAUGUCUUUCCCCGCAAACCCACUCUUAUCACUGAGAUAACUGAUUAAAAAAAAAUGUUUACAUUCUACCAAACAAAAAUGCUUCCAUAUACAACCAUUUUAAAAAAGAAAAUAUUAUAUAUAAAGAAAUCAAUGUAAAUGUUUACGUUUCUCAAUGUAUCACUUCACACUUUCACAAAAAUGAUUUUGUAUGAAACCAAAGUCUUCUUUUAUGGCAUCACUCAAAGAGCCCUCUGUAUUAUCUUUAUUUCUGAGAGUGUAGGUGCCUAAACCCUCCAGAUAUCACUGCAUACCUGAUUAACAUGGCUUAGUUCUCAUUUGGCACAAAAUAGAUUUUGUCAUAAAUGUGAAUAAAUUAAAAAACUAAAUACAGUAAACACAAUUUGAUUUGUUCUAAAUUCUUGAGUAGGCACUCAAACAUCAAGUGCCCCAAUAGACGUCUUACAUCUAAAGCAGAGCUUAGAAAGAGGCAGAGAAAAUGUUUAAAGUAAGUUUACAACCGAGCUGUAGCAAAUAUCUGUACAUUUAAAUACCUAAUUAUUUUUUUAUGUUAUUUAUUUAUUGACGCUUUUAUUUAUCUAUCUAAAAUCAGUGAAAAUUCCUCUACUUACAAAUACAAAUGUGAUAUGGAUUACAAGUUUUAAAUGUGCAGUUUCCACCAAAUUGCUUGAUGAUUGAUGAGCUGAAAGUGAAUUAAUGCUGAAUUAUACGUUGCACUUUUUAUUGCUGGUCAUAAAUGUGACUUCUAAGUGUUAAAAGUCUUGUUUACUGAAUUCAGGUUUCUGAAAAAGAGGGACAUUAACAUAAAUACAGUUACAUUGUGUAAAGGUCAAAAGCAUUUUAUCCAAACUCAUCACUUUUACACAAUUUGUAUUCAUAUUCAACAAAAUCUGAAUGCAAUGUCAACAAUAUAACACUCAGAAACAAAUGUGGGUUCCAUAAAAUACAAAAUAUUCAACAAACAUCCAAUCAGUGUGCAGAAAAGCAAGUGUAAAUGAUCAUGAAUUAAAGAAAAGGUUUCACCGUGUCUCUUCACACAGACAGUAUUAAUAAAAACAGUGAGACAAUCAAAUAAACCUUCUUUUGGAAGAAGUAAAAAAAUAAGGAAAAGAAAUAUAUACCAGUGUGCCAUACAUGGUGGGUGUAAGGGCCAGACUUGUAUUUUAACAAUUAUAUUUAUACAAAGACACUGCAUGUGUGUGAUGGCAAAGAGACAAUCAUCAUUAAAAAAACGUUAUACAGAAAUAAAAUGUAACAUAAAACAGUAUGUAUGCAAUAAUUCAGUCGUGAUUAAUUCACUGGUUCAACAUUCCAAGUUACUCUAA